GAUCCUAGUGACUGAGUUCAGUCCACCCGCUCGAUGGCUUGCUUCCAAAUCCGAAUCCGAGAAUAGUCCAAGACCUCUUAGAACCUUGCGGUGAUGAUUUUUACAGAUACUUCCGAGUCACCGGUCCAACCAGAUCCGACAACCCUUGCAUGUUGCAGGGCUUGCGAAUUUGCUGGGCUCCGUGUCGUUGUGGUUUUGGUUUUGUUGCAGGAUCGAAGCCCUUCCCGGGGCUCGGCUCGCUUGCCUCUCCUUGCUAGUGCAGUUGUCUUUUUUUUUGCAAUUCUAAUUGCUCUCGACAAUGAUGUACAAAAGGCAGAUCUGAGCUUGGUCGAAAGGGGUCUUUGGAUGGGUUCGGACUUUGGAAGCAUGCACUACAGGCAAGAUGGGAGAGAGCUGUUAGUGCAGCGCUCCUCACCUCUGUUUACUUACAUAGUCAAGAUAGUAUAUUCUAUUGUACAUAGGCGAUCCAACCAUUGGGAUUAUAACUUCACUGCCAGAGUUUUACGAGCUACAAUGGCAAACCUGCCCAUAUGGCCUGCUUCGCUAGAAAGACAGCAUGCAAACAAACUCCAUCUUUAAAGGUAAAGUGGUGAGUGGCUGGUUACAAACCGACAGCAUGCAAAUCACUUCACAUUAUCACGCAAUGAAGAAAAUCGAUAUACUCACGGGGGCAUAUGAAAGAAGGCGACAAUGGGCGUAAUGUCCACUCAUCGGGUCUGUUUCAUGUGUCAGCUAGGAGGGAACACGCAACUCCAAGACUGUAUAUACAUAUCCUUACAACAACAAUCUCAGGGUCCCUUCUGUUGGUGAAUUUGGUAUCGUUCAAGUCCUGGUUUUGUCUGAUAUCUCCGUCCGUACCAAAUGUCCCGAUCUCCUGUGCCGUUGCAAGGGGUUUGGAGCCAUCUUUUCGAUACCUGCUCAACGGUGA